GCCCCCUCCUCGGCAGAUUUCGCGCUUGGAGUCUUCGCAUCCCCUGUCAGUCGCGACUUCGGCUGCGGAACAGCAAGAUGGCGGCCCGGAUUAUGCAAGCUGCAAGAUGUCCCACAGAUGAACUCUCCUUAAGCAAUUGUGCUGUGGUCAAUGAAAAGGACUUUCAAUCUGGCUUGCAUGUACUUGUGAAAACCUCACCCAACCACAAAUAUGUUUUUACCUUGAGAAGUCAUACAUCUGUUGUGCCAAGUAGCAUUGCUUUCAGUCUGCCACAGAGAAAAUGGGCUGGUCUUUCUAUUGGGCAAGAAAUAGAUGUUUCCUUGUAUAACUUUGAUAAGACCAAGCAAUGUAUUGGCACUAUGACUAUUGAGAUAGACUUCCUGCAGAAGAAAAGUAUUGACUCAAAUCCCUAUGACUCAGACAAAAUGGCAGCAGAGUUCAUCCAGCAAUUCAAUAACCAAGCAUUCACAGUUGGACAGCAGCUUGUAUUUAGCUUUAAUGACAAACUUUUUGGCUUAUUGGUCAAGGACAUUGAAGCUAUGGAUCCUAGUAUUCUUAAAGGAGAUUCUACCGCAAGUAAAAAACAGAAGAUUGAAAUUGGUCUUGUUGUGGGAAAUAGUCAAGUUGCAUUUGAGAAGGCUGAGAGUUCUUCUCUCACUCUUAUUGGCAAAUCCAAAACUCGUGAAAAUCGUCAGUCUAUCAUCAACCCUGAUUGGAAUUUUGAGAAGAUGGGUAUUGGAGGUCUUGAUAAAGAAUUUUCUGACAUAUUCCGAAGGGCAUUUGCCUCUCGAGUAUUCCCACCUGAGAUUGUGGAGCAAAUGGGCUGCAAACAUGUGAAAGGUAUCCUCUUAUACGGUCCUCCUGGCUGUGGUAAGACACUUAUGGCCAGGCAGAUUGGCAAAAUGUUGAAUGCCAGGGAGCCAAAAGUUGUGAAUGGGCCCGAAAUCCUUAACAAAUAUGUCGGAGAAUCAGAGGCCAACAUUCGCAAGCUCUUUGCAGAUGCUGAAGAAGAACAAAAGAGGCUUGGGGCAAACAGUGGUGUCCAUAUCAUCAUCUUUGAUGAAAUUGAUGCUAUCUGCAAACAACGAGGGAGUAUGGCAGGCAGCACUGGAGUCCAUGACACUGUUGUGAACCAGCUCUUGUCUAAAAUUGAUGGUGUUGAACAGUUGAACAAUAUCUUGGUAAUCGGUAUGACCAAUAGACCAGACCUGAUUGAUGAAGCACUCUUACGACCUGGACGACUGGAAGUGAAAAUGGAGAUUGGCUUGCCUGAUGAAAAAGGUCGAAUGCAGAUUCUCAAUAUCCACACAUCAAGGAUGCGAACCCACCAACUGCUGGCUGUGGAUGUGGAUAUUACAGAACUGGCUGUGGAGACCAAGAACUUUAGUGGUGCUGAACUUGAGGGUCUGGUUCGGGCAGCCCAGUCCACAGCUAUGAACAGACAUAUUAAGGCCAGCACUAAGGUGGAAGUUGAUAUGGAAAAAGCAGAAUCUCUGCAGGUGACAAGGAGAGACUUUUUGACUUCAUUGGAGAAUGAUAUUAAGCCGGCAUUUGGGACCAAUCAGGAAGAUUAUACAAGCUAUAUUAUGAAUGGCAUUAUUAAGUGGGGUGACCCUGUUACUAGGGUGCUGGAUGAUGGGGAGCUUCUUGUUCAGCAGGCCCAAAAUAGUGAUCGGACUCCCUUGGUCAGUGUUCUUUUGGAAGGUCCCCCACAUAGUGGGAAAACAGCUUUAGCUGCAAAGAUUGCAGAGGAAUCUAAUUUCCCCUUCAUCAAGAUCUGCUCUCCUGAUAAAAUGAUUGGCUUUUCAGAAACUGCCAAGUGCCAGGCAAUUAAGAAGAUCUUUGAUGAUGCUUACAAAUCUCAGCUCAGCUGUGUGGUAGUGGACGACAUUGAACGGCUUCUUGAUUAUGUUCCAAUCGGGCCACGUUUCUCCAACCUGGUGUUACAGGCCCUUCUGGUGUUAUUGAAAAAAGCACCACCUAAGGGUCGCAAGCUCUUGAUUGUUGGGACUACUAGUCGCAAAGAUGUCCUGCAGGAGAUGGAGAUGCUGGAUGCGUUUAGCACUACUAUCCAUAUUCCCAACAUUGCUAAUGGUGAUCAUCUCAUGGAGGCCCUGGAGCUCCUGAGUGUCUUCAAAGACAAGGAACGCAGCACUAUCGCUCAGAACGUCAAAGGGAAGGAGGUCUGGAUUGGCAUCAAGAAACUGCUGAUGUUAAUUGAGAUGUCAAUGCAGAUGGAUCCUGAGUACCGUGUGAGAAAAUUCCUGGCACUUCUACGAGAGGAAGGAGCAUUCUCUGAAUAUAUAAAACUAGCACAUCAAGGAGCAAGCAAAGCUAACACUUUGACUCCAUGACAUGCUGGCUUCGAGUAGAGGGAGUUUUUGGUGAAUGAAAAUUUACAGUAAUGUGUGUUCUCCUUACAUAUGUAUUUAUUUGCCCACGUAAAACCAUAAUAACUCAAAAGAUAGUAUUAGAGAUAUUUUUAGAUGUUGAUACCAUUUUUCUUCUAGUUAGAUCUAUUCAGGUCUAAUAGGAAGGAUAGUGCAUCGUUUGUGUUCACAAGUCUAUUAUGUAAUCCUUUCAUAACUUCCAGAACAGGGACUGGGCCAGUACAUUAAAAUGCUACUUCAUUCAUUAGUAAAUGAGCUCCAAAUGAUCCCUGUUCAGGUGGCCACCUAAUGCUGGGAUGAAGUAGAAUUCACUUCUUUAACCAGCAUGUUAGGAAAAGAGUUUCUAGCUUUGCCAUUUUCCCACAUUCUGUCUUAAUGCAGUCAGAGUACAACCUUCUUUUUUUUGCAGCUGUUGAGAGUAAUAUCUGGGGCACAACUGGCCUGUGAAUUUGCAUGCAGUUUCCCUUUUUGGAUGACCAUCUCUGUGUGCCACCACCCAUUCCCCAAGACCUGCCUAUCCUUGUGGCUGUUGCACUCUCUCUCUUUGCAGUAGUCCACUGGAUUUAGAAUGAAGCUUAAACCUUGUUAAAGGCUGGUGACCUGGAAAACAGCCAAGCAGAAGACUGCUUCUCUGGGACCUUCUUCCAUGUGGCACAUUUGGACAACUGCAUAAUGCUUGGUUCUCUUCAGAGAUUCUCCUCAACUUUUUUUCUUUUGCAUGUUAGACACAAUUAAGUACUUUACCUUUGUCUUUGAUAUCCUGCUGUAUUGUGACAAAUCAAACUUAUUCUAGAAUAACUGCUUUGGUGUUAUGCACCCACUUGAUUGAUAUCGGUGCACAAGCAAAGGAGUGGAAAUGCACCAUGUACAGACCUACAGACAUUAAUGUUGAAACUCAGGCAUAAAACAUGGGGAAAUCCCUCCAUUCUUAGCUUACAUCAAUCCAGUGUGAAAGCUGGUAACAGUCUGCAUGAUUAUAAAUUCUUGGUGAUAAUUUUUUCCCACUCCAAUCUUGUUAAAUAGCUGCUUGUUCUUGUAGAUUUGUCCCACAUUGUGGGGUUUCAGACUCCUCUCAAGAAAAAAAAAUGUGGUGUAAAGUGCUGCCUCUAGUUUCAGAUGAAUUAAGAUCCAAGGGCUGCUUUCUAUCUAGAUUUUAGGCAAGAUUAACUGCUGGCCUGCAAGCACAUAUCAGCAUUUGCAGUGGCUCAGCUAGUUGAGGUCCAAUAUAAUUUGAUCACCAGCUACAGAAGCAGCAGCAGAGCAUCUGACAUACUUAAACUACGAACAGGCAACAAACUGCCCUUGAUUGCCAUAACAUUUUCAGAACAUUCUUCUUUCUUUUGUCACAUUAGCCCUUACCUGCUACAAUCUGUCUCCUUUAUGAAAAUGUUGCACAGAAUUAUUUUUAAGAGAUCUGUCAAGUGUGUAGGUGUAAGAUGUUGAGCUUAUACUGUAUCUACUUUCCUUCCUCUGCCACUUAGCAAGUAGUUUAUUGAUACUUCAGUCACAUGUCCAGCAAUUAAUCUCAGUUACUGUGCUUGCUCUUGUCUGCUGUUGGCCUCAUAUUUUGUAUAGUAGAAACUAGGGAAAAGCCUAAUUUGCCUUUUCCAGAAGUGUUUUCCUGUGAUUUUUGGUGUGCAAUGCAAUAUUGAAUCAGUGAGAGUAAUAGGCUGCUAUUUAUAAUGCUCUAUCACUUAUUUCUUACCAUUCCAUCCUUUAGGGAAAGCACACUGAUCAACAUCCUAAAGAAUGUAGUAGCUACUUAAACUGGAGCAAGUUAGCCACCUAUUCCUAGUACUAAUUAUAACACAUCCAUUCCUAUCAUACUAAGGAGUUUGUUUGCAACUCUCGUCAAAGGGAGUUUGCCUAGUAGUAUAGGGAGUGAUGAACUAGAGCAGGAGUGGGAUGCAGCUGAGUUUAAGGUCUUCUAAAUAGGUAGAAAGGGAAGGAAACUAAAUGCACAGCUGCCAUUCCUUCUUACAGCGAAGCAUUUAUUGGCCCUUAAGCUCUUUUAAGAAAAAGUUCAUUGCAUGGCCCUAAAAUGUAACCCAUUCACUCAUAAUUAACAAAUGGGCUAUUCCAUUAUUGGCAUGGUUCCCUUUCCUUGUUUCUUCAAGUUGCUAAAUUUAGAAGAAUAAAAACAAUACUUGACAACUUCCAAUUCUGUGCUGUAAAAGACAGACCUGCAGUAUUAGAAACUCUUGCAGGGUACCUGAAUUAUAAUGGAUAUUUAUUUUACUGUGGAUUAGCAUUGUCUUGGAUUUAUAUUUAUUGAUUUUUCUGCCAUGAACGAUAAUGUGUGAAUGACAGUGGACAUGUAAGACUCCCAUGUUUUGUAGGUGAUAUGAUUGGACUGCUUUUAGGUGAACUUUGCUGUUCUCCCAAACCUCCACCCCCCCUCCCGUUUCCCUUCAUUUUUCACUGAAAGCAAAGCAUACAUAUUGUAUUGUCUUGAUCAAAUAAUAUAAACAUUUUUAUUGUUGUUUUUUUUGUCCAAAGCUAUAGAGAAAGAAAAAUACAUAUAUAUAUAUAUUUGUAUUAUAUAUAUAUAUAAAGAUUGAUUGUAUGUUAAAAUGCAGGAUGCAAUAAAAAGGCACAGAUGUUUAAAA